AUGAGGGAAAUUCAUAGAAGUUCUCAAACAGUCCUUAUUUCCAAUGUUGCAGUGGCACAGAUCUAUGGGAACAGUGUACUAAUUAGUGAGACUGUUCAACUGCUGAAGGAUGGGAUUGAGUUGAUAACGGACGUGGACACAGCUCUUUCGAACUUGCUCUCUUAUCCUUUAUAUGCAACAUUGGCGAGGAUUCUUAUGGCCGUGGCAGUUGGGGCUCAAGAGGUUGGGGACAAAAUUCUGAUUUUGAAGAAAAGUGAGCCGAAGAAACGGGUGGCUUUUUCGGACAACGACGUUAAAACUUUAAUCCUGUUCUCCUUCCAUCCCUUGUCGUUUUUUGAAAUUUCGGACUGCGGUGGUAACGUGAAACCAGGUGCAAGGAUUAACAAGAUUCUGAUCCCAGCUCCGGGUCAGUCCUACAACGAAAUAACCCACCCACGUCACGAAAAAGCCGAUAAUAAUACCCCUAAACUGGAAAAAAUUAUACCAAUCUUGAGAGUUGGUUGGACAGCGAGCAGAGACACGAAGGCACCGCCUCUCGCUUCGUUGCUGGAAAAAUUAGGAACUCGCCUUUCACGCAUCGGAGAUGAGCCGGUACCGGAGCCGUCGUGGGGAGGCGACCCAUUCUUCGCAGGCGUAAACGCAACGCCGCAACCCAUUCUUCACGAUGCUACUAGGGUUUGGCCCGUCUCUGCGUACUCUCUCGACAAGGUGAAGUUCUCGGCAACCCAUUGGCGUCGUUCUAGGCAAGGCCCUGAUAACUUGGAGAAUCUGAAGAAAUUGGCAGAGCAAUUCCAGAAGCAACCGCCUGGCGCUAGUGCUACUUUGGAACAGAAAGACGAUGAGGAUGAGGUGCCUAACCUUGUUGAUGGUGAGACCUUUGAAGCUGGUGCAGAGGAGGGCACACAUCGUAGUAGUUUAUUGAUUUUUUGCUAUCCUCAUAUUGUAACUGUUUUUGUUUGUUAUGUUUCCCAUGCUGAUGCUUUAAUGGCUAUGGAUCAAUUUGAAGAAGCGGAAGAGUCCUAUUCAAUGGCUUCAGAAUUAGAGCCCUUAAUCUGUCGCUCCAAAUCGUUCAAGGUUGCAAAAGAAUAUUGUGAGCAGUUGGGGGUUGACUCUUGCAUCGAGAUAUUUGAGCAGCUUAAGUCGUAUGAAGGAUUAUAUUUCUUCUUGGGAUCAUAUUUCAACUCUAGCGAGGAUCCUGACAUUCACUUCAAGUACCCUAGCUUCCAAGACCGGACAAAUUAUGUCAACGACAAUUAUGUUCUUUGUACUGAGCACUUGAAGCUGUUUGUUUGA